CAACCCAAUACGGUGCGCUUAUUUUACCAACAAAUAACAUAACAUUGCUAGUUCUUCAACUCUUCUUUGAAUGUGGUCAGAAAACACUCGUAUUUACCACAGAAAGACACAAUUAUGAGCUUCAAAACCUUCCCAGAUAUAAUAUUAAGCUUUUCAACGACCUAAAACCCGCAAGAAGUGAUUUAAAAGGGAGCUUUUUAGGAUGCCUAGUGGCUUUGACGUGGGUUCUUUAGUAUGGAUGGAUGGUGAUGGUGGGUUUCCUGUGCCAGGCCAUGUAGUCGCUGUGUCAGGAACCAACCUCAAAGUACAAAAUGAUAAGACGGGCAAGGUUUGCGCAGUACCAGCUAAACUAGCCAUCCAGAGGAUAGACAAUGGAAAACAUGGGGUGGAAGACAUGAUCAAACUAAAUGAUCUCAAUGAAGGAUCAAUACUCUACAAUCUAGCCAUAAGAUAUGAAGCUGAGCUCAUCUAUACAUACAUUGGGAAGAUUCUAGUAGCCGUCAACCCAUACAUGCAACAUGAGAUCUAUAAUGAUGAGAUUGUAGACAAAUACACAGGGGUACCAAUCGGCAGCCUACCGCCACAUAUCUUUGCGAUUGGUAGUGCUGCUUACUCAGAGAAUCAGAAAUCUGAGUCGAAUCAAGUGAUUGUUAUUAGUGGUGAGAGUGGGGCAGGUAAAACAGAGUCUGCUAAAUUAUUGGUGCAGUAUCUGGCUACUGUGAACAAGAACAGAUCCAGUCUGAUCACUGAACAGAUAGUAGAAGCCACUCCUUUGCUGGAAUCAUUUGGUAAUGCCAAGACACUCAAAAAUGAUAAUUCAAGUAGAUUUGGAAAAUACCUGGAAAUCUACUUUGACAGUUCUGGUGCAAUAUGUGGUGGUCGUAUAUCUGAGUAUCUUCUUGAAAGGUCUCGAAUUGUUGGCCAGUCAUCGGAAGAGAGAAACUACCACAUAUUUUAUGAAAUGCUGGCUGGUUUAUCACAAGAAACCAAAAACAAGCUUUUGCUGACUAAAGCUGAUGACUACUUUUAUUUGAAUCAGGGUCAAAGUAGUGUCAUACCUAAAAGGAAUGAUAAGACUUCACUCAAUCAUGUGCUUACUGCGAUGAAUAUACUAGAUAUAACUCCUGUGGAGAAAGAUGGUAUUUUCACUAUACUUGCUGCUAUUCUUCAUCUUGGAAAUGCAGGGUUUUACAAAGGAUUGGCAUCAAGUCAUGAUGUGGCUGUAUUAAGAGACGAAAAAGAGGCACGAGUUGCAUCGCAUUUACUUGGUUUGGAGGGAGAUGAGGUCAUCAGUGCCCUGACAAAUAAACGAACUGAGGCAAGAGGUGAACAGAUUUCAAGUCCAAGAAACACAGAACAAGCAAUUGAUGCAAGGGAUGCCAUUGCUAAGGAGUUAUAUUCAAGAGUAUUCACAUGGCUGGUGAAUAAGAUAAAUGGUAUUGUGUUCCAUGGUAAACAAGGUCCUUCUAUUGCCAUUCUUGAUAUCUUUGGAUUUGAGGAUUUCAGGAUGAACAGUUUUGAGCAGCUAUGCAUUAAUUAUGCAAACGAAAGCCUGCAUUUUUUCUUCAAUCAGUUUAUCUUCAAAAUGGAGCAGGAUGAAUACAAACUAGAAGGAAUCCACUGGAGAGAGCUAGAAUACAAUGAUAAUCAAGCAUGCUUGGAUCUGCUGGCCAGACCUCCUCAUGGCAUACUACAUCUGUUGACAGAUGAAACCAACUUCCCUAAGGCAACGGAUUCCUCAUUCCUGGAAAAGUGCCACCAGCACCAUAAACCCAGCAAGGCAUAUCUGAAGCCAAAGAUGCAGGUCCCUGAGUUUGGUAUCAACCAUUUUGCUGGUCCUGUAUCCUACCAGGUCCGUGGCUUCCUGGACAAGAAUAGAGAUGGAUUAAAACAAGACUUAACAGUUCUGUUGUGCAAGUGUCGUUCAGAGUUUAUCAAGGAUCUGAUUCCAGAUCUGAUGGGAAAUAAGGAAAUGCAGAUUGGUGGACUAAAACUGGGCCACAACAGCAGGGUGAAUUCUCUCAAGGCUCCUUCUAACAGUGUGCCCAAGAACACUGUUUGUGCCAAGUUCAACGACUCUCUCAUUAGAUUGGUUGUGGCAAUGAAAAAGUGCAACCCAUUCUUCAUUCGCUGCAUUAAACCCAACCCAGACAAGGCACCCAGUACCUUCAUUAAUGAGACAGUUCUCCAACAACUCAGAUACUGUGGCGUCCUUGAGACUGUCAAAAUACGUAAGAAUGGCUACCCAGUGCGUAUCGUUUAUCAAGACUUUGUCAAAAGGUAUCGCUGUCUCUCUAAUCAGUUAGUACUUUCUGGUGCAACAGCUCAACAGAACUGUGGAAUCAUCUUGAACUUCAUGCAAGCCAACAAAAACAAAUAUCAGUUUGGUCACAGUAAGCUGUUUCUACGAGAAGACUUGGAAAACGAACUGGAAGAAGCUCGAACAGCAAAAAGAAUGCGAAUGGCUGUACUUCUGCAAGCCAGGAUGCGUGGUUAUGCUGUUAGUCAACAAUAUCUGAAAAUGAAAAAAGCGACCAUCGUGUUACAGAGCCAAACAAGACGAUACUUGGCCAGGAAGAAGUACCUCAAGGCCAGGAAGGGAUUCAUUACGCUACAGGCAUUAUACAGACUAAAGAGACGACAGAAAAUCAAGAGCCGACAACUCAAGCCCCAGAAUGUCAAGACAGACGAUCAGCUUGAGACCGUUACCAAGGAAGAACAAACUGCUGAAGCACAGAGGGCUUCCUUGGAGGCCAAGGAAUGGGAAAAACAAGCUAUGGUGGACCCGAGUCACUUAGAAAUCCCAGCAGAAUUAGCAAUGGUUUACUCUCAACUACAAGGUUGGCAGGUCCCGUAUCACGAGUCUAUUGGCCUUGCCAACAGUGAUGUCGUUCAUUUUACGUGUCCAUCGGGCGAACUUCCAAGUGCUAUCGAUAAAUACUUGUUCUCCAAAUACGCCCAAGAAAACUUCCAAGACYAUAAGUUUCGCGUCAGCAGAAGUCUCAUUAGUAACAGCCUGUUGAAACUCAAGUAUUCAGACGCUAUUGAGGCAGUUGAGAUAUUCAAGCUGAUAAUGCGCUUUAUGGAAGACAGUACGCUGACAGAAGCUCGUCGACUCGUACUGGGAAACUAUAUUGUACAAAAGGGAAUAUUCAAUCCUCACUUGCGGGACGAGAUCUUCUGUCAGCUUUGUAACCAAACAUGGGGUAAUCCAGUCGAAGCCCAGUGUGACAAGGCCUGGUUACUGUUAACUCUGUGUCUCUGCUGCUUCAGACCUUCUGACAGUCUGUACAACUAUCUGCUCAAGUUCUGUUCUGAUCAAGCAUAUAACGGCUACAAAGAAUUUUGUCAGCAUAAACUUUUAUGUUGGAAAGGAAGAAAUCGACCAAUACCCCGUGCCCUCCCCCCUUCAGCGUUAGAAUGGGAGGCAGCUAAGAAGAAAGCUUCCAUAGCCGUAAAGUGUGAGCUUGUGGACGGAGAAAAGCGAAUGGUUGAAGUGAAGUCUUGCACAACGGGGGAACAGCUUGCGACUACUCUAUUGAAAGACAGUUUACAUCGUCCUCAUUCCAAGAGAGCCAAGGUAGCUGAGAUCGCGCACAAGUUUUCCUUCUCUGAGCGUCCUACUGGUACCCCUGCGGCUCCCCCUGCUCCACCAGCACCACCAGCACCACCAGCACCAGGUCUACGUGAGGACGCGUUAAGUGCAGCAACGUCCUCCAGAAUAUCCAUGUCAUCAACAUACCACGCACCAACAGAAGACAGGCUAGUCGCACAAACUGUAAUGCGUACCAAAACCGAUGGUAUUACGUCCGUUGAUGGACCUGUGAAUGGAGUCAUACCUGCCGCACCACCACUCCCUGGGAGAGGAUUUGGUGCCCCCCCUCCCCCACCUCCACCUCCAAUUGUACCGCCUACUAACACAUUGAUAAUAAGAAAACGCACCGACUCGAAAGACAAGAAGAAGCAGAAGCCUGAUAGUGGACCACAGGUGUCUAUGGCCGAGGUAAUGGCUAAAGCCAAAAGGAUGAGCGAAGCACGAAGUCGUGCGAUGUCCUCUUUGUCAAACGAGGACGCGAAGAAGGAAACUCCUGGAGGUGAUCCUUUUGAAGCUGCUGUUAUGUUACGAGGCAACCUUAAGAGGGUCCAGAAAAACAUCCCUGUAAAAAAAGAAGAAGAUACUGAUAAUGAACUAAAGCGAGCUAUGCAGGCCAAGGCAAAUAGAGCGAGUCGCCUGUGGCAAGACAGCGACAACUCUUUUGAUAACAUACGAACUAAAACCGACCGGUCUCCGAACGAGAAAAACAGACAGUCGUUUGUUUACGGGUCAACACGAUCAUCUACGAGCAGUUACAGCACUGAUAAUGAUAAUCCUGUCACUAUCGAUGUUGAUAAUGCUAGUAGUUCAUCUGGGAAUUCAUCAAAGAAGAAUAGCAUCCAAAGGAACGGAUCUCUUCAUGGAGACCAAGAUGUCAAUGAUUUUGUUGACAGCUUGUUUGAUCCUGUCUUGUCUAAUAACAUUGAUGAUCUAACUGACGAGAAGUCAGUAGCGAGGGCCAUCAAGGGCGGAGGCGGAAUGAACCAGCCUGGGGCUACCUCACAACCAACCUACACUACUAACGCAGGCUCAUCCGACCCUUCAACCGUAUCCAUGACAACACCAAUAGGAGUGAAUGGAACUGUUUAUGUACCAAUGUCACCGGUUGCUAAUGGUUACUCGGGAAUGAAUGGGUAUUCAGGCGUAGGCAUGAGUCCUGCUUUUAUGCCUGUGAUGUCUAAUGGACCGAUGAUGGCAGGGUACGCAAGUCCUACCCCUGACGUGUUAUCGCUGGCGGCUCAACAACAGAUCCUUAUCGACCACCUUCUCUCUCAACAAAGACUGAUACAGGAACAACAGAAGCAGCUAUCACAGAAGUCUAAUGAAGAGAUGAUGAAGAUGACACUGCAACAUGAAGAACAGUUGAAGACAUUACAGGAACAAUUGAAGGUGGCUCGAGGGGGUAUGCCUAACGGUGCCCCUUCAGGUAGCAUCAGUAAUCGACCUGUCACGAAGACCAAUAUGGAGAGUACUCCAGCUCCUAAACCAUACUCGAGGAUACAGUCCUUUGAAACACCGCCACCUCCGCCUGAGUUCUCAGACAGGGAAGAACACAAGUCACUGCUUAGAACAAUACCACCACCUCCAACAGCACAUCCUCCUGCACCACCACCACCUCCACCUCUUGAAGAACCUAUCGCUCCCUACCCUCCUCCUCCUUUAUCACCUCCUCCAUUACCUCCCACGACACAAAAUAACCGGCUAUCAACCUCGUCUGCUGGUGUAGCAUCAGCUGUGGCAGCAUUAGAGGGAAAGUCACCCACAUCUCCAACAAGAGCCACCAUCAAAUCCAUUGAAGUCGUUCAGAACUAUUCAUCGACGAAGGCUGAGGAUCGUGUUGAUGCUGGUGAAGCAGAAAAACCUCAGCUUCGAUCAAUGUUGAGUUCUUCUGUGACGGCUCUAGCACAGCAGGAAAAGAAAAAUACCAAGAAAUAUAACAAAACAAAGGGACCUUAUAUCUGUGCUGGGCAUACUACCUGGAAGAUGAGCAUCAGGAAAGAGCUGUUUUCUCCGAACGAAAAGCUUGACAACAGAAUCGAGCAGCGACUCGUCUUUCUCCAGAUUGUUCGUGAUACCUACUCUGAUAGCUGUUGUAGGAUGAUGGCUAGUGAUCGCCAGAAAAUGAAGACGUUACUUCAAAAAUAUGGCAUAACUCCAGAACGACCACAUUCAAGCAUCCCUGUUGAAGAAAUUACUAUACAAACAGCGAGAGAACUGCCGCUGUACUUCUGCAGAUUCUACCUCGCUACGGGUCAAAAUGAAUUCCCAGACGUGAAUUAUAUUGCUGUUGGUGAGCAGGGCGUGUACCUCGUCAAGAGAGAGAAAAUAAGCCAUGAACUUCAAAUUACCAACAAGAUCCUUUAUGAGGAUUUAGAAAAAGUAAGAGUCAGCAAAAACAAGUUAAUAAUUUCAUUGAAGGAAAGCAAGAUAUCUGUGGUGACAGACAGGGCGGAUGAGAUCAAGGUGAUAAUUGAUCCUUAUCUCCGACAAAUCGAAAUGGAAGCCAAGUACGUCAGAGCCAUGUACGAUUACGUGACACAGGAAGAAAAUAUGUUGAACUUCAAAAAGGGUGAUGUUAUUCAAAUCAUAGACAAGCCUGACCUCGAAGAAGGAUGGUAUUUUGGGACCUUCGCGGGACGAAGUGGGUACUUCCCGACCGAAUAUGUUACCCACAUGAAGGAGGAUCCUGCUGUUCCAAAGUCCAAUCUAAUAAACGCAGCUCCAGUGAGUAGUCCACACUCAGGUGACGAAUCAUCUCCUGUCAUCUCUCGUAAACGUAGCGGUAGUACAAGAUCUACGAGGUCUGAAUAUGGUGGAGGGACCUACUCAAUGAUGGAAUUCGCUAUGCAUAACUUUAGACAUGGACAGGAGGUGGUUCAUCGUCAGCCUGAUGGUACAGUCCGUGGUACUCUACGUAUAAAAGGCAAUUUCAAACAAUCAAACAAAGGAAAUAACAAAAACGUUGAAUGGACGUGGAAAGGGUUGGCUGAACUCGUAAAGUACAGCAAGGCACCUUUGCAAGCCUCGCUGCUGCGACUAGAAGGUCACCAAAACAAACUCGCCAUUGACUGUUUCCAAGCCAUCAUGAAGUUCAUGGGUGACGUUGCGAUGGGUAGAAGUCAGAAGGACACAGACCUGGUGUAUUUCCUCAUCAAGACCUGUAGAGAGAAUCCUGUUCUUUGUGAUGAAGUAUAUUGUCAGUUGAUCAAACAAGUCACCAGUAACAAAAGUACAAGCCCUGACAGCUGUAGUCGUGGUUGGCGUCUUUUAAUCAUACUGACAUCAUACGUCAAAUGUGGUGACGUUCUCGAGCCAUAUUUGGUAAAGUUCCUGCAGAGUACUGCGUGUGAUCCAAAGAGAGAGUUUCAUGGUGCUGCAGCCAUCUGUGAACAAAACCUGAUGACUACCUUCAAGUACGGAGGCAGAAGGACACACCCAUCAACUGUGGAGCUCAAACAACUUGUGCAAGGGCGACAGACCAAGCGACAAGUAAUGCUGUUACCAGGAAUGAUUGGUAAAAUGAUGAAAAUACAAACCUGCUCGACUGGCUUCGACGUCAUCAAGGAAAUGUGCAACGAAAUGGACUUGACAACUGAAAACGAUUACCUGGAAUAUGGACUCUUCAGCAGUGCAGCUAAACAGACUGUGAUGACCCCAAUACUGACCACUGAUUACGUCAUGGACGCCAUUAGUCAGAUGGAGAAGCAAGACGUGGAAUUCAAGUUAUGGUUCAGAAGAGUCCUUUGGCGCCAGCCUCCACGCUUUGAUAACGAGCUCUACGUUAAUGUGAUAUACCAUCAGGUAUUACCAGACUACUUGGUAGGAUAUUUGACUGGAGUGAGACAGGAACGUACCCUUGCUAACGCACAGCUGCAGAAUGAAGUUGCUGAGCUGGGCGCUAUACAGUUACUCGCUCAGGAAAGCACUCAUCAAACGCCAGUACAGAGUGACAUUGAUAAAGUCAUCCCAAAAUACAUGCAGGACAAGCUUCGACCGUCACAAUGGCUGAUUCUCGUCCAGGAUCAUUUUAGAGGAUUCAGUCUGACGCCUGCACAAGCGAGAAAAAKAUUUCUAGAAAUUGUGUCGAAGUGGGCAAGCUUUGGCUCGACGUUCUUUGCCAUUAAGCACUGUUCUCACCCGAAUGUUACCGGAGAAUGCAUCGCUGCUAUCGACAAGAAAGGCAUUCAUUUCAUAGACACCAAAAACAAGAACAUUCUGAGGCAUGAGGACUUUGCCCGGAUUAUUUCUACGCGAAUCCUCGUCUCGGACAAAAAGAGAUUCUUUCUGGAUUUAAAAAUAGGUGACUCGAUGGUACAGAAAGUAACAAGAAUGGAAACACAAGAGGCGAAAGAAAUAGCAGCUCUGAUUUACAAAUACGUGAAUCAAGUAUCUGUAGAGAUGAACCGCCCUAAUGAAGGACUGGCUGGAGUCUUACGUUCACAGGACCUCCGACUCUGACCUCUGACGUCAUCAACCACGUGAUAUCCACAAUCCAAUGGGGGUAUCAACAAUGCAAUGCGGCAAUGUCAAAUAUAUAUUCUGCGUAGGAUUAAUCCACAAUGCAAUGCGAUUGGAAAUCAGUUUUAAAUUAUUUCAUGGAUUGAUAUAUUUUUGCGCGUUUGUUCGACAAACGCUAUUAAUUGAUAGAAAUACCAAAUCAUUAUCGAAACUAUCCCUUUUAAUAUGCUCACCGUUAUUUCACAGUCUUGAAAAAAUAGUAUAGUUUUAAAAGUUCUCCGCCACAGGGAACCCAUAAGCCACACGCACAGCUUACUAGAAAAUAUGAAUGACAUGCAUUUAUAAUUACAUCAUAACCAAUGAUUCAAUUAGAAUAAUAUUAAGUAAGAAAAAUAAUUACUGGUAAAAAAGGCUUUGAAAAAGCUCUUAAUGUAACAAAACGUCCUUCCCCUUCCCCCACGGGAUGUUCUGUCAGCAAUGCUCUUCAUUAUACAAGUAUAUGUACCUCUUUGAAUCAAAAAUAGAACAAAAUAGGAUGAAAUAUGGAUUCUUGUAUUUUCAGGGGGAAAAGCAAAUAAUUUUGUACAUUUAAAAAAUAUUUUGCUAACAACCAACCGAUUGUGUAGAAUUUGAAUGUACAUAGAAUACAAAAGAAUGAAUAUGGAUGAUUGAACCUUGUUCAGGCUUAAUACUCACCGUUGUGGACUGUUUUAUUGUUUGAAACUCAGUGAGUUCUAAGGCAUGAAUGGUUAAUUGAAUCAUGAUUGUUAUUAUUAAAGUAUUUUAAACCAAUGUUAUGUUGGUUAUAUAGAGA